AGUUCAAACAUUUAUUAGCAUAGGUACCUAUAUGUUUAUUGAAAACUCGUGUUUUUUUUUUCAAUUAUAGAACUGGUAGUUUUUCGUUUAUUAAUGCUACGUGUAUGUUUCGGUUAAUUAUUUCACGUAAAUAGAAUAUUAUUGCUAACGCGUAUGAUACAAUAAAUACAAUGUACAAUUUAAUAAAAACGAUUCUCACGGUUUUUUGCUUUAUUAAAUUGAACUCGUGCCACGACAACGAUUGGCAUUACUCUAUGUCAUCUGUGCACGAUUUAAUCGACUUGCAAGCUGAAUACCUGGCCCAGACGGAAACGUACCUACAAAACGAGUAUAAGCGACUAGACGAGAUCAGACGGUAGGUGACGAAUAGGAACACGUUAUUAUAAUGCCCGUGAGAAAAUUGUAAUUUUGGAGUUUUAAAAAUGAUGUUUAUAUCCAUGUUUCAGUUUUAUAGAACAGAGGGAAAAACAGAACGCGGAAGAGUUGGCGGUGUCAUACACUGAGAGCUCGAUAAAUGCAUUUAAAACCAUUUUACGCAUAAAAACCGACUGGGAGUUGUUGAAAAACGAUAUGGCUAAAUCGACCCCGAUAGGUACCUACUUAUAUGUUUAAUAUUUAACGCUGUAACUGUCAUCCAUUACCUUCAAAUUAGGUACCUAACUAACAUGACGUUUUGACCGUUUCAGAAUUUAAUCGCGGAUCGGUGACCAAGGAAAACAUUAAUAGUGCGUUGAGAGCCCUAAGGAGAUUACAAAUUGUAUACGAACUCGAAGUGCAUGAAAUAGCAAAUGGCAACGUUAGUAACUACACGUUUGAAAAAUUAGACGGUUAAUACACAUAUUAUAUUAUUAUAUUACUAUAUACGUACAAGUUUAAAUUAUGAAUUGUAAUACUAUAAUUAUUAUUUUUUUUUUAUAGUUAAUGAUUGUCAUACUUUGGCUGUUUUGUGUUACGACAAUGCUGAAUUUCAUUGCGCGUACCAUUGGUUCGAUCAAGUCAAUAAAAUACACAAAGAGGGCAAUAGUGAAUUGAAAUUUGAUUAUGAAGAAUUUUUAACCAAAUAUAUUUGGUCGAGCUAUUUAGUGGGUAAGCGGGGAAAAUUAUCAUUAAUCAUUAAAUAGGCAAUAAAUUAUGUGUAUUAUGACGUUCAAGUAGAAAUUCAACGACCAAUCCAAAUGAGAAAUAACAAAUAGUAUAAACUAUUGGUAGCGCAUAAAAGUCAAAAGGCACAAAUAUACGUCCGAUAAGCUACUAUUAUGAGCUCAAGGUUUCUUUCCAAAUAAGCUAAAGUACAAUUGAGUAGGCAAAAAGUAAAACUUGCAUGUUCCAAAAAUCUAAAUUUUCAUAAAACGAAAAAACUGGCAUUGGAGUUUCCUUUACAUUCAAGAUAUCCAAAAUGCAUUUUACUUAUGCAAUUUAGUCUACAUAAAUUCUCAAAACAGCCACCAAAAGUUAAGAUUUGAGUUUAUCUAAAUAUUUUUAUUUUUUUUUUUUUUUUGAUGUUAAAAUUUGGAAUAAUAGUUAAAAUGGAUCAUGUGAAUGGUGUUUCCAUAUUAUGGAUUACAUGAUUUUUUUUUUUAAAUGGGUUAAAUUUAAUUCAGUUACUAUAAAACUCGUUGAUUCAAUGAAACUCGUUAUUUUUGACACAAAUCACUACUUUUCGGGUAAAUUUAUUCUGUUAUUAUACGUUUUGAUAUUAACUGUUUACAGAAUUGCAUUCACCUUUAAAAAUUCUAUAAAACAGUGUCGCUAACUCAUUUUCCUAUACUUUUGGAAUAUGAGAAUUUGAUUCUAGCCUACUCAAUUGUAUUUAACAAUUAUCCAAUCACCAUGAUUGGCUGGCUUGAUUGAAUGUAUUCAGGACUGGAGUGCUGGCCACUGAGAAAAACAGAAGAAUCUAGACUAUCAUAUUUUUGAUAGAAGUUUCUAUGACGGAUCUAUGGGCCGUGUAUUGAAAAAUACAGGGGAAAAGGAAAAGACACAACCUAGAAUUAAAUGUGCUGUCUAGCUGUCUAAACGAACUGCAUAUAUUGUGAAUGAGGUAGAGAAAAAAAAGUUAUACAUGGGCAGAUAGUCAUGAGUAGAGUAAACAAGGCUCAAUGGUAAAAAAAAAGUCAUAGUAGUAAACCCAAGUGGCAAAAUACCACCUGGAAGACCGAGUAUCGUCGAAAAAGAUUACGUUUUACGAAGCCACGAAGGAUUUGCAAACUUCACAGGAUUAGAAAAUACAGGAAUUCAAGUUGACAAGAGGUGGCAGAAGAUCGAGAAAAAUACAGCAGAUUAUGUCUAACAAGAUAGUGAUCUAAACUCUGAACGGCUUAAAAAAAAUUAUAUAUAUAUAUAUAAAUACAAAUACUAUGUGAAAUUGAUGAAUAAUAAUAAAUAUAUUAUAGUAUGAAAUAUUUUUUUUUUAUGCACAAAAAUAUACAGGUGAUAUUGAAAAGGCGAAUACGGUCAUAAAUGAUUACAUGCAAACCAAUUAUUUGAAUGAAAUUUUGACAAACGUUAGAUACAUAGUAUAUAAUGGAAAUCGUGUUUUUAAACGAAACACAGCGAACGAUACCGACAAAAAGUUUUAUUCGCACUCAUUUAAAGUAAUAUUAACAUAUACAUUAUACUUAUAAAAAAAUCUAAUAUAUUUUGUCUAUUCAAGUAUAUAUGUAAGUAUAGGUGGCAUGGUGAUGACAAUUUUUUAAGGUUGUGCAUCAAUCUGAUCAAACCCAUUAAAUUAAUAGGUAAUUCUUGGGCAAGGACGGGGGCAAAUGGGAUAGCUGACCCCAUAACAAUUUUUUUUUCCAAAUGACGGUCUUCCAACAAAAUUAUAAAUAUCGAAUGUAUAAGUUUCCUCAGAUAAUAUUUCUAUAGUAACAAUCAUGGUGACAAAGAAUUUAGUUUCGAUAUGAAAAAUAUUUUACCGGGGACAUAUCAAAGAGAUUUUACUAAAACAAGAUUACUUACAUACAGUACCAUAGCUAGACAAAUUGUUCGGGCGGGGGGGGGGAGGCACUAAAUUUAUUAACCUAAUUAAUGUUAAGCUGAAAUACUUAUUACCAGUUAUUUUAUAACUCCCUUAUCACUUAUUGUUUAUCUCCCUUUAGUUUUACAACGUAAAGUUAAAACAAAGUUUAUAGCUUUGUAAGAGAAUAUUUGAAUCAUUAGUUGCAGAAGGAGACAUGUAUCUAAAAUCAAAUUUUACAGAAGAUAUAAAAAAAACUGUCUAAGCAAGAUUAAGAAGGAGCUAGACGUAAUAAUGAAUAAAUCACGUUAUUCAUCUUUUUACAAAUUAAUCAUCUCGGAAUUUUCUAAAAAUUAACAUAAACGCACCAUUAGCAGCCAUUUUAAAUUGUCAAACAUAUCCCCUUUCUGAACUUAACCAUUUUAAAAGCAUCUAAAACACAGAGAUAGUAAUAAAUCAUGUUUUUUAUUUGCAUUGAAAAAUCGUGUUUUUUUUAAGCAAUUAGGAAAUGUAAUUCAAAAUUAUUAUUUAAAUUGCUACCUAUAGAAAAUUGGUCAUUUGUAAAUCGUUCCCCGUAAUCUGUAAAAAGAAGCCUUUAGCAUUUAGGGCUUCAAACGUUUCAAAUCAUUAAUUUUUGUAUUCAUUAUCGGAAUCUGGUGGAUAUAUAGCUGAUUCUUGGGUAGUUAAUUGGCGAAAUAUAUUGGUUUUUUGUUAAUAUAAUUUCCGAAUACUUUUAAAUCAAAAAUAUUGAAUAAUAUUUUUCACAAUACUAACUUAGGAAUAGAAUGUCUCAAAAUAACAUUAAUAAAUAACGGAAUGACAAAUAAUAAAAAAAAUACUCGAAAAUUGCAAAUAAGUUAUACCUAUAUAAUAACAAUUAAUAACUUAAAUAACAUGUCAACGCUAAAAUAUUUUUGAAAUUUACCACAUCUAAAGAUUUGUAUAAGUCUUAGGAAGAAAUUUUAAGUCACUAAGAAUACUUUUUACUGAAUCAAAACAAAAUAAAAUUGAUUUUAACAAAAACAGUUGUUCCAUAAAAAUCCUCAUUUACAUACGACUUUUUCCGAUUUUAUCUAUAUUAUUAAAAAAAACUCAAAUUGUUUUACUGUCAUACAAAUUUAGCGAAAUAUUUUAUAUUUAUAUUUAAUGUACUUUAAUGUAGAAACUGAAUACCAAUGGGGAAGUUCGCAGUUAUACUGAUACGUGUCAGAAUUGGAAUUAUCAUCUUCGUUACACUUGCCGCCACUAUUACGGAGGCAAUAGAAAAAAAUCGUUGUUAAUCGGUCCACUCCGUGAAGAAAACGUAGCGCUUGUGCCGAAUAUUAAACUGUACCACAACGUACUUAACGACGAUGAAAUAAACAAAAUCAAACAAUUAGCGAAACCUGAGGUAUAAAGUCACAUUUUUGGUAUUUUUUUUGUUUUUAUGAAAAACGGUAUCCACCACAUUACUUAUUCUCUACGUAUAUGUAAAACAGCUGAAAAAAUUGCCCAUCGACACCAACGAAGACAUAAGUCUAAGAAAAGUGGCCGAAUUUGACAGAUAUAGUGAUGAGGUUUUCCAGAUAAUUCACCGACGACUCGCGCUGAUAUCAUGCAAAUCAAAAACUAAAGUUCUAAACAAAUUCGUCGUGACUAAUUAUGGGAUCCACGGACACUACUUACCGCACUCCGAAUAUAUAGAUAACGAUCAUAAGAUCAACAGCUAUCCAAAUCGAGAGGCCAUAGUUAUAAUCCAUGUAAAUAAUUUUUUAAUCUGUGAACGACUUUUCUGCCAGAAAUUUUGCUUCGAUUUUAAAGUGUAGCAAUUUUUUUGAAAAAAAAAUGGGACUGAGAUAGUACUGGGGUAGGGAGAUAAAUUUUUUAUUUUCCCAAGAAUUUUUAUAAUAAAUGAAAAAAAAACCGGGAAAAAACAGGAAUUACGAGAAAAUUUACGAAAUGUAUUAUUUUCAAAAUCGUAAACACUACGGCCUUUCAAAACAUGUAUAGUCGAACCUCGCUUAGAAUCGUUUUUUGUUAGCAAUGGUUAAUUUGUGUGUACAAAUUUAUAUUAAAUUUAUCCUCUACCUUUCCAAGUUCUCACCUACUACAGUGACCCAACGAUUGUGCGAAAUAUAUCCGUUCGGUUUUUUUUUUUAUUAAUUUCUCGCUUUAUAAAAUCAAUUUAAAAAUGACAGGGUAUGUAUUACGAACGUUUUAAAACAAAUAACUCAAAAAACACGUUUAAAAUUUGAAAUUUUUAAAAAUAUUAAGUUGAAAUGAAUUAUACAAUCACCAAAGUAUAGAUAUUUUAAAUAAUAAACAAGCAACUUUGUAAUUAGUCGAAAUAAAUUUUAAAAACUAUACCUAAGUGCCUGUAAUUAGGCUAGUUUUUAUAAAAGAACGGUGGCUUUGACAAGGAUAUGAAAUAUUGGAAUUGUGUACAGGUUGGAUAAAGUGGAGAGAAGCGUUAUACCUAGAUGUUUUAUGCGACAAAAGAAUUCUUAUGGAAGUUAAGGGUAAUAAGUUCCACAAGAGUGUGGUUCAGUGGUGGGUGGUGAACAGAAAAAUAGAACACAGAAUAAGUGUAGAAUGUAGAUAAGAAUGAUUAAGUGGAUGAACGGAGUAACGAGAGAAGAUGAGAUAAGGAAUGAGUACAUAAGAGUUAGCUUAGGCGUGGCUUCAACAAAAGACAAAAUGAGAGGAAAUAGACUGAGAUAGUUUGAGCAUAUCAUUUGGAAAGGGGAAUCAAAAGUAGUAAGAAUGAUAAUUAAAAUAAAUUUCGGAGUAAAGAAGGGUAGAAUAAAACCGAAAAGUUUGUUGGUGCGAUUGAGAAUGGUAUGAGGACGGCGGGUGUACGCAAUGACGAUACGGAAAAUUGGAAAUUUAAGACGAUGGUUGCUGAUUCUUAAUAGAUGGGAUGAAUGCAAACGAAAAUAAGAAGACCAAAGUGCCUGUAUAGUUUUCAAACCGAAUUCAAUCCCCAAAAAAGAUUUACCGCUCCCCCUCGAUUGGUAAUGCGACCCGAAUAACUGCAAAUACCCAUCCAACAAUUUCCAAUUUAAACUGGCACAACAUAUCAUAUACACGUGUUUAGUAUAUUCUCUAAAAGUCUAAUAAUUUAUAGUUGGACGACGUGCCCGAAGGCGGGUUCACCGUGUUACCGGACGUAAACGUGCGGGUGCCAAGCAUCAAGGGAUCGGCGUUGGUCAUAUACAACACAAGGAACCUUUGCACGCCGUUCGGUAUGCUUUACGAGAACGCCCAAUACGGUUCCUGUCCGAUAUUUUACGGUGACAAAUGGAGUGAGUAUAUAAUAUUUUAUUCUUUUUUACGAUUUUAUAUCGACGUUUACUUCUUUAUCGUAUUUUUAUCCCGUGCAAAACGCGUGAUCAAUUCGUGUGUCAAUCCACAACUCAAUGAUUCGAUAAUAAAAUAUGUAUUAAUUGAUCUUAGUUCCGAAAUUUAACGUUUUCAACACAAUUCUCGACGGGUUCAGAGUUCGAUUUUACCAUUAUAUUUAUAUUAAUCCUAUUUCUUCAUACACUUCUUAUUUGCAACGAUUUAAAUUUAUGACGGGGAUGAGGUACCUUUUGUAUGAACAAUUAUGCAAUCGUAUGAUCAUAUUCCAUAAUUCAACGCAAUUUAAAUAUUUUGAUAUCCAACAACCCUCCAACAGAUCCAUCGUUUAGUUAAAUUUUGGAAGGCAAGAACAAGGACCCACUCUCGUUUUUGGCUGCUUUCAGCCUAUACCCAUCGCCGUUACUUCAUCACAGUGUAUAAUCAGGGGGGUUACAACCGUUAUUGACCUCCUCCCCCCUUGGAAAACGUGAUGGAAUUUCGAAUAUACUUAUAACAUAAUGUAAAAUUAUUUUUCGCUAAUAAUAGGUAGGUAUCUAUUUUAAAACAGAAGUAUUUAUUUUUGUGGUCUUUUUUGUUAAAUUUUGUAUAUUUAUGUUUGAUUACAGCGUUAACGGCAUGGUUUGGAAGUUAACGGAUAAUUCCACUAGAUACGUAAACCAAAAAACAUUUACCUUCCUAUACCGUCCUACCGCAGUCAUAAUAAUUAUGUUCUAAUAGUAUAAAUUAUCCGUCAUUUUGCUGCUAUACUUAUACCGCGACGAAGAAAAUUAUAAUAAAAUAUACUGUAUAAACCUAUAUUAAAUUAUUAUACACGGAAAUUUGUU